AUGUUCAAGACAGUAGGAGCGGACGCAUUGGGAAUGUCAACUUGCCAUGAGGUCACGGUGGCAAAACAAUGUGGCAUCAAAGUCCUCGGGUUCUCCCUCAUCACAAACAUAGCUAAUACCGACGUUGAUAGUGCCGUGCUCGUUUCCCACGCAGAAGUACUGCAAACGGCUAAGGAGGCCGGUGAUCGAGCGUCGAAAUUUGUCAAGGAGAUCAUCAAGCAUUUCCCUUCAGAUUCCUCCUAG